GCUUCACCUGUCGGACGCGGUUUGGCGGCGCCGCGCGGACCGGAAGUGGAAGCAGAAGCGGAGGGAGAGGCGGGGAGGUCAACCGGAAGUGGUAGCCGCGAGGGGAAGGAUGCCGCUGCCCGUCCAGGUCUUUAACUUGCAGGUAGGGCCUGGGUAGUGGCGCAGGGUAUACCGAGGUGGCGAUGAAGAGGAACUGAGAGUCGGCAGUACAGGGGGAAAGCCGCAGGAGCCCAGAGAGGGUCGGUGUACAGAGCCUGGACCUUCAGUAACAGCACAGGGUGCAGUAGAGCCCAUGCAGAUUGACGUAGAUCCACAAGAAGAUCAGCAAAAUGCACCUGAUAUCAACUAUGUGGUGGAGAACCCCACUCUGGAUUUGGAGCAGUAUGCCUCGAGCUACAGUGGGCUGAUGCGAAUCGAGCGACUGCAGUUCAUUGCUGAUCACUGCCCCCAGCUGCGGGUGGAAGCUCUCAAGAUGGCUCUGUCAUUUGUCCAGAGAACUUUCAAUGUUGAUGUGUACGAAGAAAUACACAGAAAGUUGUCUGAGGCCACCAGAGAACUGCAGAAUACACCCGAUGCUGUCCCUGAUAGUGGAAUUGAACCCCCUCCUCUUGACUCAGCUUGGGUUGAAGCUACACGCAAAAAGGCUCUUCUUAAACUGGAGAAACUCGACACAGAUCUGAAAAAUUACAAAGGGAACUCCAUCAAGGAGAGUAUCAGGAGAGGCCAUGAUGACUUAGGGGAUCAUUACCUUGACUGUGGGGACCUCAGCAACGCUCUCAAGUGUUACUCACGAGCCCGUGAUUACUGCACCAGUGCUAAACAUGUUAUCAACAUGUGCCUCAAUGUCAUCAAGGUCAGUGUCUACCUCCAGAAUUGGUCUCAUGUUCUGAGCUAUGUAAGCAAGGCUGAGUCUACACCAGAAAUUGCAGAACAAAGAGGAGAAAGAGACAGCCAGACACAAGCAAUUCUCACCAAACUGAAAUGUGCAGCAGGCUUGGCUGAACUAGCUGCUCGGAAGUACAAACAGGCAGCAAAGUGCUUCUUAUUGGCAUCAUUUGAUCACUGUGAUUUCCCUGAGCUGUUGUCUCCCAGCAAUGUGGCUGUGUAUGGUGGUCUCUGUGCCCUUGCUACCUUUGACCGUCAGGAACUGCAACGAAAUGUUAUCUCCAGCAGCUCCUUCAAAUUGUUUUUGGAGCUGGAGCCACAGGUUCGUGACAUCAUCUUCAAGUUUUAUGAAUCUAAAUAUGCUUCAUGCCUGAAGAUGCUGGAUGAGAUGAAGGACAACCUGCUGCUGGACAUGUACCUUGCACCUCAUGUCAGGACACUUUAUACCCAGAUUCGAAAUCGUGCCCUUAUUCAGUACUUCAGCCCCUAUGUGUCAGCAGAUAUGCACAAGAUGGCCACUGCUUUUAAUACUACAGUGGCUGCUCUGGAAGAUGAACUUACACAGCUGAUCCUGGAGGGACUGAUCAAUGCCAGAAUAGACUCACACAGUAAGAUUCUUUACGCUCGAGAUGUAGAUCAGCGUAGCACAACUUUUGAGAAGUCUUUACUAAUGGGCAAAGAGUUUCAGCGCCGUGCCAAAGCCAUGAUCCUGCGUGCUGCGGUCUUGCGCAACCAAAUACAUGUGAAGUCUCCUCCGAGAGAAGGUAGCCAAGGGGAACUUACUCCAGCAAACAGCCAGUCCAGGAUGAGCACCAACAUGUGAAAAACUUCAUGUACUACCAAAAGAAAUGGUCCCUCCAGAACUGUUCCCAUUGUCUCACCCACUAACUGCUGAGCUUCACAAGCUGUCCCUGUCUCCCUCACUUCUUGCUCAGAUUGAGAGGGUCAGGGCUGAUGGUGGAUAAUAAUGAAUAUUCCUAUAACUUCAGUUCUCUUUGAAAAGAAAUUCUUUCUAAAAACA